AUGUCACGCCGUCAGGGAUCGGAUCUCCUCCGCAGCUUCGCUCUUCUUAUGUUUCUCAACACCGGGAGUUCUGCUUUACCGAACCGGACCAGCGCCGUCCGCUUCACGCAAUACGAAAGCCCCGGCAGCAAUAAUAACGACACUCUGGGAAUCAAUAAUCCCGAGAUGAUGCCAAAGCCACUGGAUAAUAGCGGGACAGUGAGGCGGUGGCCCGCUUUGGGCUCUGGGGGUGAAAUCGGUCCACUGUGCGCUUACCGCACCCUGAGCGCGGGUAACCCGGGUCGUCUGUGUUUUCGGUACACGCAGACCGACUUCACGUGCCCGGCUCCUUCUUGUCGGCAGGUGACGUCACCCGGCGGGCAGCUCACUGCCAACAUCCUGUCCAACAGCAGCGUGUUCGUUCAGUGGACAUCUACUGCCCCAACAGAGACCCCCGCGCCGGGCCAGACGGGCGGCUUCCGGCUCAGCUGCUGGUGGAACGGCAGCUACACGCAGUUCGACUGCGCAGGCGUGCAUUUAGGCAGCAGCUGCAGGGAUUAUUUACUCAAUGAGCUGCACACAAACGUGCACUACCGCCUCUGCGUGCGACCCUACGCCUCCGAGCUAGCAGAAGCCUGCGUGGAGUUCAGCCUCGCGCCCGACGGGAUGCAGGACAUCGUUAUCGCCAUGACAACGGUGGGCGGGGCCAUCUGCGUGAUGCUGGUCAUCAUCUGUCUCCUGGUGGCGUACAUCACUGAAAACAUCAUGAACCCGACAGCGCAACACACGCUCACUGCGCAGCAUUCGCACAGAUCUCACUUAAACACACAUCUGUGAAAACACAUAAACACACACCUCUUAUUACUCAGGAUCAGACACGAAAUGCCAGAUUUAACUGCGACAUACUACACAAAUAAGAGCUGAGUACUAUUUACUGAAUAGUGCACACUGUAUACACUGACUGCACACUUUAAACAUCAAACAAACAGUAACCAUUAUUCAUUGUGAGUUGUGGUAAAAUAAGGAGACACUGAUUUCAAUACUUGCUCAAAUAAUCCUGUCUGUGAAUUCCAGACUGACGUCUCAUAAUCUAAUGAUAGGAUUUGGAGCAUAAAAAUUUGAUUUCAAUCUUUGACACAGUCAAUAUUAAAGAUAUCAAGAUUAUAUUUUCACAAAAUGUUCUUUAACAUCAUGCUAACGUCAUGCUAAAUCAUGUAAGCUUCAUAUUAACAUCAAGCUAAAUUAGGGUGACCAUAAUUGCCAUUUUUCCAGAAGUUGCAUUGGUUGACCGCAUAGGCCUACUUCAUAUUAUUUUUUUAAUAUUUCAGGUUCUAUUUCAGGAAAGCAACUGCAAUGAUUGUAUGUCUUGAGAGAAAUAAAUCUUAAUUUUAUAAUGUUUUUAACUAAAAUGUGAGAUUCUUGAUGACGUAUGUGGUCAACAAAUGCAACUUCCGGAGGACACACCCAAUCAAAUGUUUAAAUAAGUUUCAAAAAGUUGUGGCUUCAGGUUUAUUCUUCAUACUGUAAAACAUGGAUCAAAUGGACCACAUUGCUUUGUGGGAUCACAUUAUAAGAAAUACAGUUUGUCAUGUGGGUAUUUAUAAAAGCAGAACAUUUGCAUACUGUGCACAGAAUACAUGCAUACAUUACACAGACAUACAAUAACACUACAGUAGUAUGUAUAGAGUAGUACAGAAGCAAUAGUAAGAAAAGUAUUUUAUUCUGAACACAGUCAAAAACUUCACUGUUGAGCUAUCUUAGCGUGAUUUCAUCUAAAAUCUCUUAAUUAUUUAAAAAUUUCAUUUACCAAAAAAACUGUGCAAUUGUUAUUUAGUCAGAAAGUUAUAUAAAUAUUUGUUCUAGUCAGUACAUAAAGAGCAAAAGUCAUGUUUUGGCUGUAGUAAGGAGGUAAAGCUGCUUUACUUUCACUAGAUGUCUGUAUAAAUUACAGUAUUACUGUCAGCUGAUUCCCAGUAACUUACUGUAGAUUUACAUUGGUGUUAUUUUCUGUCAACAGUUUGUUCAAAGUUAAAUGAACAUCAAACAUUAACAGGUCUUUAUCUUUACAGAAUAAAACUAUAAAAUAACAGCAUCAUGCAAAGCAUUCUGGGAAUUGAAAUCUGAAGGAUAAAAAAGAAAAAGAUUGAUGAGGAUUUCUGCUUCCCGGAAUCUGUUAUUUUAUGUAAAGACUUGUUAAUGUUAAUUUAACUUUCAACAAACUGUUGCCAGUAAAUAACAUAAAUUGAAAUCUACAGUAAGUUACUGGCAAACAGCUGCAUAACUACAGCAAUUUUUUACAGUGUAUUUAGAGGGAUGCUGUAAUUUUGUACUGUAAUGUCCUGUGUGUUAAACCCAAUAAUUAACAUUAUGCCUUAUCUUUACACAAGAGUUAGUAUUCACCAAAAUGAGAACAUUGACUGACCGGUCAUCUGAAUACUGUGCUUUUAUUCCUCUGUAAUACAAACCUUUUGUGUCAAUAAAGAGGCUUGUUAUGGA